AUGGAUUCGUCAUUCGAUUCUUACGAAUCAGCUUUACCCAAGCUAAAGUUGGCUGAAGUUCAGUCAGAUUUAAACACCGAUGAUGAGAGCAGCAAGAAAAGCCGUGGAAUAAGGAAAAGAGUCACAGAAUCAUCUAGUGAAGAUGACAAUUCUGGUGAAGAUGUGGAAGACGUACCCACAUUUCCAGCUGUGCCAAAGCCGAAACCAUGCAUCCAAAGACCUAUAUUACCGCAGACAUCAGCUUCUUCAGAUUAUAUGGAAGUGAAUGCCACAGCCUCUGCCACAGCAAUUGAUGAGCCAGCCACAGACUGCCGUACGUGCAGCUGCAAGUUUAAUGAAGUCCUGCAAAUAUUGAGGGAACAACAUACACCAAAUAAAAACCAAAAUGGAAACAAGGAAACCUUUGAUGAUUUUACUGAGAAGUUGCCAAUUAAGUCUGAGGAAGAAAUCUUUGCAUGGGAAAAACAAUUAAGCUCAAAAGAUGAGCAAAAAAAGAUGAUAUCAUUUCUUGCCUACAUUGGAGGACAUGAGGUAAAUACUAUUGUCAAAAAUAUUUUGAGGAAGCUUCUUACAGAUGCUGUUGCAUCCCUCUUCAACUGGGAAAGGAAGAAGGGAAAAAAAAUGUUUUCCUCCCUAAUAAUAUCUGAUUGCAUGAAAAAGGCAGCAGACCAAAGCCCCAAUUUAAAGGCACGGAGCAGGACAUUAUUACAGCUAUUAAGAACUGGAUGCGACAUGCCUCAGCAAGACUGA